AUGUUUGUCAGUUCUCUAGCUGCUUGGGAGAAAGCUAAAUUGGAGGAGGAAACGCUGGAUGGUCGCGUAACUGAUGUGGCUGGCUUUAGUGUUGGUGAAUUUGCUGCAUUCGUGCUUGCCGGCAUACUUUCUUUUAAAGAUGCUCUUCGUUUGGUGAAAAUUCGUGCUGAAGCAAUGAAUCAGUGCAGUCAGCGUCUCAGUUCUGGAAUGUUAACGUUGAGGGUUUCGGCUGCCUCACGUCUGGACGAAGCAUUUGAGGAUGCAAGGACCUAUGCUUGGGAAAAGGGUGAGCUGCCUAUUUGUGAAGUGGCGAACUAUUUGUUUUGCGGUGUAAAAGUUGUAGGUGCUUCGGAAACAUGCAUGCAAUUCCUGGAAAGUACUCAAGAAAAAUAUUCGUUCCAGGUGGUAAAAAGAUUGGCUGUAAGUGGUGCAUUUCAUACUGCUUUAAUGAAAGAUGCUGUCGACAUAAUGAAGGAGGCAUUGAAAGAUGUAACAAUCCAGUUGCCUCCACGAGUGAACAUUUAUUCAAAUUAUACGGGUAAAUUACAUACAUACAAGGAUAAGCAAAUUCGCGAGGCAAUCAUCAAGCAAAUUUGCUCGCCAGUGAAAUGGGAACAGAUCCAGCAGCUACUCCAUUCGAAACAUCAGAAUUACAAGUUUCCUCGAUUUAUGGAAGUUGGCCCAGGAAAACAGCUCGGUGCAAUGCUUUUAAGGAUUAGCAAAAAAGCAUAUAAGAACUAUAUGAGCUAUCCUGUGUAA